GCAUCAUUGCCCUUCGCCUAGCGAAACUAAAAUGUGGCCCGCUAGUGCGUCAGACACGUAGCUGAUUAUGCCCAGCUUGUGCCAGUUGCAAAAAGAUGUUGAAAAAUCUGGCCCAGCUGGCGUGUCAAGAAAUACACCAGGGCCAGAUUCCUCUGGUGAAAAGCAUAAAAAAGCGACCACCCAACCGCUCCCGCCGUUCAUCAACUCUUACUCUUGAUCGUUCAACUCGAUUCCCACCAUGAGACAUUUCUACAUUUGUCAAUCUUCCUACUCUCUUCAACCUGCACAGCUGCAUCUGUUACCUCCCGUCUCUUCAGACAUGCCAAAGAAAUCGAUGAGGAAACCAAAGUCGAAAGCCAAUGCGGCACCCCCAACUCAUUCCCUGUCCACGGUCGAGCCCUUCGCGUUCACCCCACAGUCUGCGCCCGCGAAUGACGAGACAGACGUGGUCACCGCCGAUGAUCAAGUCUACCUACGCGACCACUCAACAGCUCAACGCACGGUUUUCACCAUGACGCCCGCAUCAAAUCCCUCCCCAGUUACGAGCUACACGAGAAAGUUGGUGGAAGAGGCCAUGGCAAACUACUUGCAGAAGAGAACCAAGAAAAAAAAAGAGAGAGCAACUGGUGAUCGAUCCAGUCGCUUCAGAAGAUGAGCUGCCGGUCAAUCCGACGCACUUUCAGCUACCAGCAUCAUUCCAGCUUUCAACGCACAAAAUGAUGAUGAAGAGGUUAAAGGUCGCUCAAUCUCGGAACGCAUUUGCAGGAAAACCGUAUGAGAAGCGGCCAACAAAGGCAUCGGUUGACAAACCAUAUGAAAGCCGGUGGAACAGCCGGCAACCGAUCCAAGAUGGGAUGUGGAGGACGGGGGGUUGGUUUGGGUAGCGGAGGGUGAGGUUGGUGAGAGUCAAGGUGCCGGUUGUCGGCCAGGUGUGGGUGGGGUGUGGGACACAAGAGUUCGCCGUCGUUCUCGAUCAAAGCAACGAGGUGUCCACGGUCAUCAAGCCUGAUCCAAUUACCGAGGCAGAAGAAGAUCCAAAAUCAAAAAAGAUCACAGCGAUUUCGUCACAGCCUGUCGUAACUGCGAUCAAAACACCGAAGUCGUUGCCGCCGUGGCUCCAGCAGCGGAACCAUCUGCGAAGGGAGGCGAGAUGCCUAGCCCACACCCCCUCCUGGUACGGGCUGUGGGCGCCACUAGACCAAUGGCUGCAUUUGUCCACUCCCAUCCGGCCCUCACCACAGCGGCUGGUGUGGGAGUCGGACUCUGCGUCCUACCACUCGUCUUGCUGACCAGUCCAAUGAUAUUGUCGACGGCGGCUACGUACAAGCUUUUGUGUUCAACGAGAGUCAAGGACACACUACACCAUUAUUCGGCCAAGUUAGCGGACGAGAUCCGACGGGCAGAGCAAACUUCAUCAUCAUUUUAUGCGUGGAAAGCUGGAAAGACGCGGGUAGUUGAAAGUGCGUGGGAUUGACCGGCAGCGGCACUACAUUCCGUGAAGGCAUCCGGGUAUCCUCGCCGCCGGGGCUCACAAACCGUCCCUCAACCGCAAACUGUCUAGAAUUCUUUGCUAGCAAAUACUUUGUUAUGAUUUGCCACCACAGCGGCUGGUGUGGGAGGCAGACUCUGCGUCCUGCCACUCGUCUUGCUGACGAGUCCAAUGAUAUUGUCGAUGGCGGCUACUUACAAGGUAUUGUGUCCAACGAGAGUCAAGGACACUCUACACCAUUAUUCAACCAAGUUAUCGAACGAGAUGCGAAGGUCCAAUGAGAGUCAAGCCUCCGACCCAGUCGCGCAAGUCAAGUGGGCUGUGGGUGAGGGUGAGAGGGCAAGCGGGAGGAGAGGGCUUGGGGUUGCAAAGAAGGCGGGUGGGUUUUGAUAAUGCGUUGUCUGAGUGCAAGUAUUACAAGGGGCUGGGCGUCAUAUCGUAUUACGUUCCUGUAACGUGGGUAAUGGAAUGCGGAAUGAUGUCUAGUCGGAGUCUGCUGUUUGUACUCGCUUAACAGUCUGCAUUUCCAACGUUAGUGGGCGCGGGAGGGAAGGAAAGGGCUGGGGCUUGCAAAGAUCGGCGACAGUGCACCAUUAAUAUAUGCUACGAUAUACCCCAC